GAGGAAGAUCGAAGGAAAAAGAACUGGAGUAAUCAAUAUAGGAACCCCAGUCUGCUCAUCAAUCUGUUGAUGAAGGGAGAACCUCGAAUGGGAGACCUUCUCACAUCAAAUCCCAUGAUUGAAAUGGAAGGGGAUGAAUUUUGGCCACUUUCUGGGAAACCCUUUUUUGAUGUGGUUCUCACGAAAACAAAUAUCAACCACCUGUACCAACUGGUGGUCCCAGGCAAAUUUAGUGCAACACUACCUUCCUGUUCAAUCCCUACGGUUCUCACAUUUCAGGGCAAGAACUGGGAGAUGAUAUAUCAUGGAUCAUCCAGCCAUAAAAGGCUUGAUAACUGGAAAGCGUUUGCCAUUGACAACAAUUUGAAGGUUGGAGAUGCGUGUGUGUUUGAACAACUGGAGUGCAGCAGUACUAGGCUAGUAUUCAGAGUCCAAAUUCUCAGAGGUGACAUCCCAUCUGAAUUUCUAGACAAGCUCGAUGGUGAUAAUGUAGAUGCACCAAUUGUUCUCGAAUAG